AAUUAAUGCACGUAGAGAGACUUGCCGCCGACGCUGUUAGCAAAGAAUUUCUCGAUCGUCGCACACCAUGGUCUCUCGCACUAAUCUGCAUACCAUAGAAAUUCGUUCGCUGUAGUUUACUUGGAAAAAAUGGCUCGCAAGCAAUAGCGCCUGCGCUGCACAGCAAGGAGGACAGUCCUGCGCCGACUGACCUUCCUAUACCCUCCAUGCUUCAAUCUUGCUAAGAAGCAACUACUUCCCCUGCGCAACAACAGCAUCACCUUCUUCGUAAAAUGCGAUACCACCAUACGGCAGACGUCCGUGCUUCAUACCUCUCCCUAGUACCUUCUCCAACAAGAACAAGUCCGACACUCAAACUGCGUAGCAGACUACCAGCUUCAGCAGACCACUAUCUAGACCUUCACUUCAUCUAGACCAUCACUUCUCCAACACACCACAUACCCAAAGUGAAGCCCCCUUCUCCCCCAUUUCCUCUGUACAACGCACAAGGAACGGCCGAGGAGAAUAUGGAGAAAUCCAGUAACGGAGUCGAGCCGACCUCUACGUUGUCUACUAGUACAGCGAGCACAGCGCAUACGAUGGCAGAACCAUCUUCCUCUAGUUCCAACGCACUGACGCACAGAGUCGUCAAUGGAACACGUUUCGCCCAAGACGACGCACACGUAAGCGUGGAUCGGAGAUAUACUGUUCUUAUGGAGGAAUCUAUAUAAAGUUUAAAUUUUGAGUCAACUACCCGUCGUAAAUGAAAUCAAUCCCCAUCCUCGUCCUUCAUACUUGCCUUCGCGUCCGACGAAGAAAAAUACCGUUUUUACGUCGUCUUCGCCCUCAAGUUGAUUUUUAUCGCGCCAUGGAGAUUUGCCCUGUGGGCAAUAGCGCACGUGAUGUUGGGUCUCUUCUACAUCCUAGCCCAAGUAGAGAAGAAUAUUAUGCAAUCUGUCUACGAAAUUGACCGGCCAAUACGAGAAACUCUUACUGGCGGGAUUGCGUUCAAAAUCUACUUGGCGUUUUGCGGGAUUUUCGUCCGUAUAAGGUUUGUAGAGAAGAAGGAAGACCACGUAGCAAAGGUGGAGACCUACUGGAACUUGCGGGAUACGCCGAUAAUAGUGAGUAAUCACACUGGUUACGUGGAUGGGCCACUUUACUUAUGGCCAUAAGGAUAAAUGGUUUAGUCUUGGUUAAGUACUGGCGCCUUUUCACUUUCUACAUUAUUUAAAACCUUAAUAGUGAAACAAUGGCGCCUUUUCAACAAUGGCGCCUUUUCACUUUCUAUAUUAUAACACCUUCAUAGUGAAACAAGAACAACUUCACGAUUGCCACUUUCUACAUUAUAACACCGUAAUAGUGAAACAAGAACAACUUCACGAUUGCCACUUUCUAUAUUAUAACACCUUCAUAGUGAAACAAGAACAACUUCACGAUUGCAUUGAUAAAGUAAAACGCGAUAACGUCCAACGCGCAAGAAUCUACAGUUCCGAUCAAAACCCAUGCACAUCUAAUCCCAACCUGCUUCCUCUACCGCUGCAAGCCUGUGAUGACCUCGUGGGUUUUAGACUUGCCUUUGAUUGGCCGUUGUGCGAGGGACCUAGGUUCGAUUCCCGUGGACCUAAGGAAUGAGCAAAGUAGGCUAGCUAGUAUGAACCGGAUAAAGACGCAUUGUGAAGCGUGGCGACCACCACCUAGUUCGGAUCCAGAGAGGCCAAAACUCUAUUUAAGGGUUACCGAAUUGCAUCCUUCACUACCAUUCUUGACUUAUUUUCCAAUAGGAAAGAAGUCAAGGAUGAUCUGAAGAAUGUAAUUGCGCAACCCCUAAUCUAUGACCCGAUCAAAGAGGGUUGUGUGUCUGCUUCCGGAGAAGGAGGAGCAUCAUCGUCAGAGCAGGGAGCGGCUGUAGCGGUCGUAGUGGAAGUCAUGGCGAUGGAGAUUUAUUACAGCCCUGACCACACCCCUCAUUGUUCUCAUCGGUUAGUAUAGAGAAUUACUACCAAUAACCUCAACCUCCUCAGCACUCCAGUGUGUGCGAUUUUGAUUAGCUUAUCUAACUGCGAGGUAAGUGAAGUUAAGUGACCUACAAUCUAAAAAACCUCCAGUCACCAUUAUUACAGCCUUCAGAAAGAUUACUUUGUAGAGUGAGAAAGAUUACUUAGGUCUAAGUUUUAGAUUUUUUUUUUGUGCUAAUCCCAGUUCAGACGAAGGGCGGUUACGUGCGCCUCUUCUACAACAAGGCUCAGCUGCAAGCAAGGGCUCUCUUCCUACUGCACAAGCUUUGUUGGGGGAGCCCUGUGACCGUGCGGACCCUCUGCUGCAUCGCGCACAAGCAUGCCUGAUCUUCCCAGAAGGCAGUUGCUGUAAUGGGGAACGAGUAGGCAUGUUCAAGAAAGGGGCUUUCACAUUAUGGAUAGGAUUAAGGAAAGAGAGGACUUCGACUUAGUUUUAUUCCAAUGCGCGAUUUUUACUGACUGAAAAGUAAGAAAUCAAAUGGAAAACUAUCGUUCGCUGCCAGAGCUAGCGCUACUAUCUUCUAACCUUUGCUGCCGCACCUAUUAGACCUGUAGUUGCUCAGUGGUACAAUUGGGGAGGAUGGAACUCUGCUUUGGCGGAGUCUCAGCGUGACAAUGACUGGAUAAACGGGGAGAACGCCUUUGAUGCGGAUAGCCUACUAGCCGAAUACUGCUAUUCUUCAACCGAUGGCUCAGUAGGGCGUGCGGAAUGCAGAACGGCAGAAGAGAAGAGUGCUUUGAAUUAUGGAAGACAAUCAACUUUUUUGAACUUAUAUGCGGUAUAGACAAAGAUUUGUUGUUGCUGGAGCAAGCAGGCCAGACAUGCCUUGUUCCAUGAUUUAUAUUCCUAUAGAAGAUCUUUUUUUGCUCCCCUGGAGAAUACCAAGAAGACACAUUAUCAUUAAUUCAAAAUUAUAAAUUAUAUGAACGUGGUCUCACUAAUUCAUUAUACAUUAUAUGAACGUGGUCUCACUCUCAGUCUCUAAUUCCUAGACUUGAACACACCCCGCGUUUACAAUGCGGAACACUAUCCAGGUGAAUUGCGGACUUAUUCGGCUUACUGGUGGUUUUUGCUGUUCCUGAUGGAGCCUUUUCUUAUGAAAAAGUUCCUAGUACUUUUGAAUCUGAAAAUUGGAAAUUCUCAUUUGAAGCCAUGUCAACAGAGAUCAAUUGAAUUUUAUCCUCUACAAGUAGAUGAGUCUAGUCUUGUUCUACCUAGAAGAAGUUGCUACAACUGAAGUGGUAAAGAAUCACAACCAUAAUUAAAAAAGUCUUUCCUACCUCUCGAAUGGGUACACUACUACUACUAAUCACAACUUGUUCACCGUCACCCUCUAAUCUUAACCUCUGCACUCUCUAUUGCCUCCCGCCUUACACGCCUUCGCAGCCUGAAAGAGAGGACGCUGAACUUUACGCCGCGAACGUCCAUCGUCUCAUCCAGAUCAGCUAUCAGCUAUUGCGCAAAGGUGUCGUGCCGAAAGUGGAGUACUAGAGGUGUCUUGUAAUGGUGUAACUUAGUACUUCUUGAGAUGUGUAAUAGUAACUUACUUCUUCAAGAUCAUCACGAGCUAAAAUCGGUGCUCCUGCUGCAUUGGCAGUGCGAGUGCUCUUUGGGUUGCGUCUAUGGAAUGCUUCAUUUCAAGCACCCUCUUAUGAUGGAGGACUUCUGAGCACAUUCAGAGCACCAUAAUGGAUUCAACAUCUACUUCUUCUUGAGCUACAACUCGGUUAACAAAUCUAGUUGCACCAUUUUUACUAGAUUCAUUUUGCUAUCAAUGUAAGAU